AGUCUGAAUCUUGGCGUCGCGCAGACCCGAGACGACGCUGUGGCCAAGAGCUGCUGAUUCUGGGAAUACAUACCGCAUAUUUCUCUCUCUACAAAAACAUCACUGACUACACUCCAACCUUGUUCGACAACUUCUCCAACGAGGCUUUCCCCCCCCCCCUCUGUCUUGGAUCCGGAUUUGGCUCUCCAUCGUUCGCCAUUCCCCGUUUGAAUCUCGGUCUGAGUUAAAAACGUGGAUUAUCACAAAUGCUGUUAUUAACUGGAGGUAAAUUAGACCGAAGGACAAAUAAGUGCUGCGGGAGAAACUGAAGGAGGAAUCUCUGUGUGUGUGUCUGUUUUUUGUAUUGCCGUGUGUCUGGUAAUAUCAGUUACACAUGUGGAGCCGACCAGGGAUUUUUCGCUCCUGUGGGGUAGAUCGUUGACCACUUCAAUCACGUCUCACCCGCGGUUCGCCUUCUUCUUCUCCUCCUCCUCCUCCUCCUCCUCCUCUUCUUCUUCUUCUCCCCUUUUAGGUGUGAAAUCUAUCUUCUCAGACAGAGACUCUGAACCCCUCGGUCCCCGCAUGACAUGGUUCAGUCCAGCUGCGAGAUCCGAGCCUCCUCCAUGCAUUGGGAUUUUUCUCAGCGCCGACACCGAGUGAAUCUCCCUUUUCUGACCAUCUGAGAACUCAUCGCGCCUGCCAGACCAGAGACACAGCCCUGCCAUGACCGCCGCUUCAAAUCGGGACGGAGCAACGGGACUUUGGAGGAGACCGGAAUGCGCAUGCAGAAAGGGGGACGGAAUACGGAUUUUUGCUCUAAUGAAGGCGGGAGUGCAGGCGCACCAUUGGAGCCGGGUGCUGCUCUUAUAUAUGGGACUGCUGGCCGCCUCAGUAAAGGCCCAGAACUGCAGUUACACUCUACACAAUCCCAAUGGGACAAUAGAGAGCCCCGGAUACCCUUACGGUUAUCCUAACUAUGCCAACUGUACAUGGGUCAUUGUGGCAGCGGAGCACAACCGGAUACAGCUAGUGUUUCAAGGCUUCGCCCUCGAGGAGGACUUUGACAUCUUAUCUGUAUAUGAUGGGCCACCCAGUCCUGGGAACCUCCGGACAAGGUUAACUGGGUUCCAGCUGCCUUCACCCAUCGUGAGUACAGGCUCCAGGCUCACGCUGUGGCUACUGUCGGACUACGCGGUCAGUGGGCAAGGAUUUAAAGCUGUCUACGAAGCUCUGCCCAGCUACACUUGUGGUAAUCCUGGACAGCUACUCAAUGGCCACCAGCAGGGGUCCACUUUCAAUAUCGGAGACAAAAUCCGCUACAGCUGCAGCCCAGGCUACGUGCUGGAGGGUCACACCACCCUGUCCUGCCUUGCCACAUCAGCUGGUACUGCUGCCUGGGAUUUUCCCCUUCCCUAUUGCAGAGCGGAUGAUGGUGUGGAGGGCACUGCGGGCCAGAGUGGAGUGAUCACCACUCCGAUACCAGCUGACUAUAACAACAACGCUGACUGUACCUGGACUGUGUUGGCCGAACCAGGAGACACCAUUGCCCUGGUUUUCUCCGACUUUCAGCUGGAGGACGAUUAUGACCUUCUGGAGGUCAGCGGCACUGAUGGUUCUUCACAAUGGUUCACUGGCCCCAACCUUCCCUCACCAAUUAUUAGCAGCAAGAACUGGCUUCGACUGCACUUUACCUCUGAUGGCAACCAUAAACUGAGAGGUUUCAGCGCCCAGUACCAAGUCAAAAAGAUGACUGAACUUAAGUCCCGGGUAAAGAUGUUGCCGAGCAAAGACAACCACCACAAGAUAUCAGUGUUGUCGCAGAUGGGUGUAGCUCAGGGACACAACAUGUGCCCAGAUCCUGGGAUUCCGGAUCGAGGAAAAAGAAAAGGCUCUGACUUCAGGCGAGGAGCUACAGUGCAUUUUUCCUGUGAUGAGGGCUAUGAACUGCAGGGCUCAAAGAGCAUCAGCUGUCUCAGAGUAACAGACAGCUACGUAGGCUGGAGUGAUGAUCGACCCAUCUGCAGAGCACCAAUGUGCGGAGGUCAGUUGAGAGGACCCAGUGGUGUCAUCACAUCUCCAAACUACCCGGUUCAGUAUGACAACAAUGCAAACUGCACUUGGGUCAUCACAGCGACAGACAUAUCUAAGGUCAUCAAGCUGACAUUUGAGGAUUUUGACCUAGAGCGAGGAUAUGACACUCUAACGGUGGGAGAUGGCGAGGUGGUGGGAGACCAGAAGACCAUAUUUCACGUCCUGUCUGGUACCACUACUCCAGACCUUGUGGUAAGCACCAGUCACCAGAUGUGGCUAAACUUCAAAACAGAUGACACCAGUGGCUCCUUGGGCUUCAAGGUUUCCUAUGAAGAAAUUGACCAAGGCAGCUGUGGAGAUCCUGGAAUCCCAGCUUAUGGCAAGCGGGAGGGGACAGGUUUUCGUCAUGGAGACAGACUGUACUUUGAGUGUCUGCCUGCCUUUGAGCUGGUGGGGAAGAAGAACAUCACCUGUCAGAAGAACAACCAGUGGUCGGCUAAGAAACCCAGCUGUGUUUUUUCCUGUUUCUUCAACUUUACCACUCCAUCCGGAGUGCUACUGUCUCCAAACUACCCUCAGGAGUAUGGAAACAACAUGCACUGUGUGUGGCUCAUCAUCACCAAUCCUGAAAGCAGAAUCAAUCUGGCCUUCAACGACCUCAGCAUGGAGAAACAGUUUGACUUCCUUUCCAUCAAGGAUGGGGGAAAGGCUGAGUCACCUAUCCUGGGUACCUUCUCCGGUGAUGUCCUGCCUCCUCCCAUAACAACAAGUGCUCAUGUUGCCCGAUUGGAGUUCCUGACUGACCACACCUAUACAGACAGAGGCUUUAACAUCACAUUUACAACAUUUCGCCACAAUGAGUGCCCAGACCCUGGUGUGCCGGUUAAUGGGAAGCGCUUCGGUGAGAGCCUUCAGCUCGGCAGUUCCAUCUCUUUCCUGUGCGAGGAGGGCUUUGUUAAGACCCAUGGCUCCCAGACCAUCUCCUGCAUCCUCAAGGAUGGCAAUGUGGUGUGGGACAAUGCUGUACCUCGGUGUGAAGCCCCAUGUGGAGGGGAUCUGAAGGCUCCCAGUGGGAUCAUCCUCUCCCCUGGCUGGCCAGAACUAUAUAAGGAGGCCCUUAACUGUGAAUGGAUCAUUGAGGCUCCUCCAGGCUACCCCAUCAAGAUUAUCUUCGACAAGUUUCGCACUGAGGUGAACUAUGAUGUCCUUGAGGUGCGCGAUGGACGUUUUCCUUCCUCACCUCUAAUUGGUAGUUACCAGGGCACCCAGGUUCCUCAGUUUCUCAUCAGUACCUCCAACUUCCUGUACCUCCUCUUCUCCACUGACAAGAGCCACUCAGACAUUGGCUUCCGUAUACGUUAUGAAACCCUGCAGCUACAAUCAGAUCACUGCGUGGAUCCCGGUAUACCUGUCAAUGGGCAGCGACACGGCAAUGACUUCUAUGUGGGCGCUUUGGUGACAUUUAGCUGUGAAGCAGGGUACACACUUAGUGACACAGAGCCUUUGGAAUGUGAACCCAAUUUUCAAUGGAGUCGCCCCCUGCCUAGCUGUGAUGCAUUGUGUGGAGGUUAUAUCCAGGGCAACGUCGGCACCAUUUUGUCUCCUGGCUUCCCAGACUUUUAUCCGCAUAACCUGAAUUGCACAUGGAUAAUCGAGACCUCCCAUGGCAAAGGUGUCCAGUUCACCUUCCACACCUUUCAUCUUGAAAGCCCACAUGACCAUUUAUUGGUGACAGAGAAUGGCAGCUUCUCUCAACCACUAUGGAGACUGACGGGCUCCACAUUGCCUCCACCUCUCAGCGCAGGCCUGUUUGGAAACUACACAGCACAGAUCCGUUUUCUGUCUGACUUCUCUGUUUCGUACGAGGGAUUCAACAUCACUUUCUCUGAGUAUGAUUUGGAGCCAUGCGAGGAUCCAGGAAUCCCACCCUACAGUACCAGAAAAGGACUGCAGUACGGCGUGGGCGAUGCCCUUAUUUUUUCUUGUUUCCCAGGUUACCGACUGGAGGGUCCAGCGAGGGUUGUGUGCUUAGGGGGCAGGAGGCGGGUGUGGAGCUCCCCUCUGCCAAGGUGUGUUGCUGAAUGUGGCUCAUCCGUGACUGGCAUGCAAGGGGUGCUGCUCUCACCCAACUACCCCGGUUACUACGGCAACAACCACGAAUGCAUCUACUCCAUCCAGACGCAGCCUGGCAAAGGCAUUCAGCUACGAGCACGGGACUUCAGACUGGAGGAGGAUGACAUACUCAAAGUCUUUGAUGGCAGCAGUAAUAAGGCUCGUCUGCUGGGGGUGUUUACAAGCAACGAGCUGCUAGACACAACCCUGAACUCCACCUCCAGUGCCAUGUGGCUUGAGUUCAUCAGCAAUGCGGAUAACACCAGUAAAGGUUUUGAACUGCACUUCACUAGUUUUGAGCUGGUGAAAUGUGAGGAUCCAGGUGUUCCCCAGUUUGGCUAUAAACGAGAGGACAAAGGUCAUUUUGCGGGGAGCACUGUGUCGUAUAACUGUGACCCAGGCUACACCCUGAAAGGCCCUGAGGUGCUCACCUGCCUGAGAGGGGAAAGGAGGGCAUGGGACAGCCCCCUUCCACUGUGUGUUGCGGAGUGUGGGGGCGCCAUCAAGGAAGAGCCUUCUGGUCGUAUCCUGUCUCCGGGCUACCCAGCUCCGUAUGAGCACAACCUGCACUGUAUGUGGAGCAUCGAGGCUGCCCCAGGAAGCACUAUAAGUCUGCAUUUCCUGGUGUUCCACACGGAAGAGGUCCACGACGUGCUUCGGAUCUGGGAUGGACCCCAGGAUGGAGGGGUCCUGCUGAGGGAGCUGAGCGGCUCAGUGCUGCCCCCGGACGCCCACAGCACCUUCAACACUGUCAGUCUGCAGUUCACCACAGACUUCUUCACCAGCAAGCAGGGCUUCGCUGUGCAGUUCUCUGUUUCCACUGCAACCUCCUGCAAUGACCCAGGCAUGCCUACUAAUGGCACCCGUGGCGGCGACAGCAGGGAGCCUGGGGACCAUGUAGUUUUCCAGUGUGAUCCCGGCUACAUCCUGCAGGGGGCCAACAGGAUAACCUGCACUGAGAUCAAUGGGCGCUUCUUUUGGCAGCCAGACCCUCCCACAUGCACAGCUCCAUGUGGCGGGAACUUGACAGGUCCGAAUGGGCUGAUUCUGUCCCCAGACUAUCCUGAACCAUACCCCCAUGGGAGGGAGUGUGACUGGACUGUAACUGUAACACUGGACUAUGUCAUCUCUCUGAGCUUCAAUCAGUUCAGCUUGGAGCCCAGUUAUGACUUCCUACAUAUCUAUGAUGGGCCAGACUCCCUCAGCCCCUUGUUGGGUAGUUUCUAUGGCACAGAUGUUCCAGAUCGUAUUGAGAGCAGCUCCAACACGCUCUUCUUGGCUUUUCGCAGUGAUGCUUCCCUUAGCAGCAAUGGAUUUGUGCUGCAGUACACAGAGAACCCUAGGGAGUCUUGCUUCGAGCCUGGCCUGGUGCGCAAUGGGACACGGGUGGGCAGUGAUCUCAAGCUGGGCUCCACUGUCACCUACCACUGCGACAGCGGCUACACACUAGAGGGAGACCCGACGCUCACUUGCAUCAUGGGGGGAGACGGCAAGCCGAGCUGGAACAAACCCAAACCCAUCUGCAUUGCACCAUGUGGUGGACAGUACUCUGGAUUAGAGGGAGUGGUCCUGUCUCCUGGUUACCCUGGCAACUACAGCAGUGCACGAACCUGCUUAUACUCAGUAGUUGUGCCCAAGGAUUACGUGGUCUUCAGUCAGUUUGCCUUCUUCCAGACAGCCCUGAAUGACAUUGUGGAGGUUUAUGAUGGAGCUACACAACAUUCUCGUGUUCUAAGCUCACUGUCUGGAGCACACACAGGCGAGUCGUUGCCGUUAGCAACCUCCAACCAAAUCCUGAUCCGCUUUACCUCCAAGGGCCAAUCCAGCUCUAGAGGAUUCCAUCUAGUCUACCAGGCUGUGCCGCGGACCAGUGCCACCCAGUGCAGCUCAGUCCCUGAGCCCCGAAAUGGCCGCCGUAUGGGUAACAACUUUGCUGUAGGUGCAGUGGUUCGCUUUGAGUGCAGCCCAGGUUACAUGCUGGAGGGAUCGAGUGCCAUUGAAUGUUUAACGGUUCCCAAUGCCCUGGCACAGUGGAACAGCUCCAUACCAAGCUGUAUAGUUCCAUGUGGAGGUAAUCUGACCUAUCGAACUGGCACCAUCUUAUCUCCUGGCUUUCCUGAGCCUUACCUCAACAGCCUCAACUGUGUGUGGAAGAUCACUGUUCCUGAAGGAUCAGGAAUCCAGAUCCAGGUAAUCAGCUUUGUCACAGAGCAGAACUGGGACUCGCUGGAGGUGUUCGACGGAGGCGACAACACUGACACUAUGCUUGGCAGCUUCUCAGGCACGACGGUCCCAGCUCUCCUCAACAGCACCUCCAACCAACUCUACCUCCACUUUUUCUCUGAUAUCAGCGUGUCUGCAGCUGGAUUCAGGCUGGAAUACAAAACGGUGUCUCUGACCAACUGCCCAGAGCCUGUAGUUCCUAUGAACGGUAUCAAGGUUGGGGAGCGUCUUCAGAUGAAUAAUGUGGUGUCUUUCCAUUGUGAACCUGGAUAUACUCUACAGGGGAACUCACACAUCACCUGUAUGCCUGGAACUGUCAGACGAUGGAAUUACCCUCCUCCUCUCUGCAUAGCUCAAUGUGGUGGAAUCCGAGAGGAGAUGGAGGGCAUGAUUCUCAGUCCUGGUUUCCCUGGCAACUACCCUAGCAACAGUGACUGCACCUGGAGAAUUUACCUGCCAGUUGGUUACGGAGCCCACAUACAGUUCCUCAACUUCUCCACUGAAGCUAACCAUGAUUUCCUUGAGAUCCGCAAUGGUCCCCUUGAUACAAGUGCUGUGAUUGGCCGAUUCAGCGGCCAGGAUGUUCCCUCCUCCCUUCUCACCACCUCCCAUGAGACCACAGUAUAUUUCCAUAGUGACCAUUCGCAGAACAAACCAGGUUUCAGGUUUGAGUACCAGGCAUAUGAGUUACAAGAGUGCCCAGAUCCAGAGCCUUUCCGCUACGGAGUGGUGGUGGGUGCUGGCUACAAUGUGGGUCAGUCUAUUUCAUUCGAGUGUCUGCCUGGGUAUCAACUGAUGGGUCACUCCAUCCUCACCUGUGAGCAUGGCACCACCCGCAACUGGGAUCACCCUUUCCCUCGCUGCGAAGUGCCUUGUGGUGGGAAUAUCACAUCAGACAAUGGGACCAUCUUCUCCCCGGGUUACCCAGAGGAGUACCCAAGCUCAGCUGACUGCUCCUGGCUGAUUACCGUGGCUCCCGGCUUUGGCAUCAAAAUCAACUUCACCCUGCUUCAGGUUCAUGGGCCGCAUGAUUUCAUCACUGUCUGGGAUGGUCCACAGGAGACAGCGAGGAAAUUAGGUGUUUUCACUGACGGGGAGCCCAAUGACCCACCAAGUAGCACAUCCAAUCAAGUGCUGAUACGGUUUCGUAGUAACACAGAAAAGGGUGGACUGUUCCGUAUCGGUUAUCAAGCUUACAGACUGCAGUACUGCCUGCCUCCCCCCAUCAUCCCUAAUGCAGAGAUCCUCAUGGCAAGCAAGGAAUUCAAGAUCGGUGAUAUAGUGCGAUAUCGAUGUCUCCCAGGAUACCAGUUAAGCGGAAACAGUAUCCUGACCUGUCGGUUAGGUACACACUUGGAAUUUGAGGGGCCUCCACCCUCAUGUGAUGUUACUUGUCCCAUGAAUGAGAUACUGACAGCUUCCACAGGUGUCAUCAUGAGCCAGUCUCCAGGCAGCGGUUUCCCCCAUUUUGAGUCUUGCUCGUGGGUGGUCAAAGUAGAACCCGGUUACAACAUUACCUUCACUAUUGAACACUUCCAGACCAGCCGUCAGUUUGAUGAGCUUGAAAUCUUUGAUGGUCCAUCCAGACAAAGUCCCCUCCUCAUCACCCUUAGUGGUAACUAUUCCAGUCCGCUGAGCAUCACCAGCUCCAGUAACAAAGUCUACCUGCACUGGUCCUUCGAUCACACGACCAGCCACAAAGGCUUUCGCAUACGCUAUUCAGCGGCCUACUGCAGCCCUCCAAACAACCCUGUAAAUGGCACAGUACACAGUCUGACAGGGACUAAGCUCGGCAGCACCUUGCGUUUCAGCUGUGACCAGGGCUUCCGGCUUAUAGGCCAGAGCAGUGCCUCAUGCACCCGGACUGCACAGGGGACAUACCAGUGGAAUGCACCAGUACCACUUUGUCAAGUCAUGUCUUGUGGAAUGCCAGUUCCUCCUGUUAAUGGAAGUAUUGUUGGCCAGGACUUCUCUCUCGGAGCCAGUGCUACCUACCAGUGUAAUCCUGGAUUUAGACUUUCCGGGCCUGUCACCACUUCAGUAAUCUGUCAAGAGUCUGGAAGGUGGAGUCCUAUUGAGGCUCCACCCAGAUGUGUUCCGGUUACCUGUCCUGACAUUGGUCAUUCUGCUGUGGAGCAUGGGAGAUGGAGACUAAUUUAUGGGACUCAAAACCAAUAUGAUGCUAUAAUGAUGCUCAUAUGUGACCCAGGAUAUUACUACAGAGGUCAAAGGGUCAUUCGGUGCCAGGCCAACAGCACAUGGAACUACCCAGAUCCUCGUCCAGUCUGUGACAUCAUCUCCUGUGGGGACCUUGGGACUCCACCAAAUGGCAACAAGAUUGGAACACUAACUGUGUAUGGAGCCACAGCCAUUUUUUCCUGCAACACAGGAUAUACCUUGGUGGGUUCUCGGGUACGAGAGUGCAUGUCCAAUGGGCUUUGGAGUGGAACACAGGUCCAGUGUCUAGCUGGCCAUUGCGGCACCCCAGAGCCAAUUGUGAAUGGCCAGAUCAUCGGGGAAAAUUACAACUAUCGAGGCAGCGUCGUGUACCAGUGUAACCCAGGAUUUCGUCUCAUUGGUGUGUCAGUGCGGAUCUGUGAACAAGAUCACCGUUGGUCAGGACGGACUCCUGUCUGUGUCCCCAUCACGUGUGGUCACCCUGGCAACCCUACAUUUGGUAUGACCCAAGGAACCCAGUUCAACUUAAAUGAUGUUGUGCGCUUUGUCUGCAAUACCGGAUAUGUUCUGCAGGGGGCCGUAAAAUCUAUGUGCCAGGCCAAUGGGCAGUGGAGCAAUGCCCUACCCAGGUGUAAAAUUGUGAACUGCACCGAGCCAGGCCAUGUAGAGAACAGCAUCAGGCAGGUACUGCCCAGCGGGCCGCACCGCUACAGUUUCCAAACCACUGUGUCAUACCGCUGUAACCCGGGCUACUACCUGCUGGGCACCAGCUCUAUCUCAUGUCAGGGGGACGGCACCUGGGACCGCUCCUUGCCCAAAUGCCUGUUGGUGCUAUGUGACCGCCCCAGCAUGCCUCCUUACGCCCAGAUCUCAGGUGACCGUCGAACAGUAGGCUCAGUCAUUCGCUACAGCUGCAUAGGCCAGCGUACCAUCAUUGGCAACACAACAAGAAUGUGCCAGCUGGACGGGCAGUGGAGCGGCUCGCCACCACACUGCUCUGGGGAGUCUGCAGGGCUCUGUGGAGAUCCAGGUGUUCCUGUUCAUGGUAUUCGUCUGGGAGAAGAGUUUACAGUGGGCAGCGUUGUCCGCUUUAGCUGCGAACCUGGCUAUAUGCUGAAGGGCUCCCCAGAGAGAACUUGUCUGGCCAAUGGGACCUGGCUGGGCACACAACCUGAGUGUCAUGUGAUUUCCUGUGGAAAUCCAGGAACUCCACGAAAUGCCCAGAUCCUCAUCCAUGAUGGCCUGACCUUUUCCAGAUCCAUCACUUACUCUUGCAGAGAGGGCUACUACUCUACUGGACUGCUUACCCGACACUGUACUGUGAAUGGGACCUGGACUGGCAACAUGCCAGAGUGCUCGGUAAUUAACUGUGGUGAUCCUGGAGUACCAGCCAAUGGCGUGAGAUUCGGAAAUGAUUUCACCUACAACCACACUGUCAGUUUCCAGUGUUCCCCCGGUUUCACCAUGGAUGCUGACCGGGCGUCCUCUCUCGUCUGCACUAAGGAUCGCACCUGGAAUGGCACCAAACCACUUUGCAAAGCAAUUGUAUGCGGGCCACCACCCAACAUCCCUAAUGGACAGGUUGUCGGUACAGACUUCACCUGGGGCUCCAGCAUCAGCUACUCCUGCAACCAAGGUUACCAGCUGUCCUUGCCUACUGUGUUAACAUGCCAGGGCACCGGCAACUGGAGUGGAGAGAAACCACAGUGCUUCCCUGUGUUCUGUGGAGACCCAGGGAUGCCAUCACAGGGGAGGAGGGAGGACCGAGGUUUCACCUAUCUCUCCUCUGUCUCCUUUUCCUGCUACCCUCCCCUUGUCCUGGUUGGCUCAACCAGAAGAUACUGCCAGUAUGAUGGCACCUGGAGUGGCACGCAGCCCUCUUGCAUAGAUCCCAGUCACACUACAUGUGUAGAUCCUGGCACUCCUCUCUUUGGAAAUCAGAACAACAGUCACGGCUACCAGAUCAGCAGCACUGUGUUCUUCAGCUGCAGAAAGGGCUACUUACUACAGGGCUCCAUUUCUCGCACAUGUCUGCCCAACCUUACUUGGAGCGGUUUUCAACCUGAGUGCAUUGCCCACCACUGCAGCCAGCCAGAGUUGCCAGCCCAGUCUGAUGUGAGAGCCAUUGAACUGCCAUCCCUCGGCUACACGCUGAUUUAUACAUGUCAGCCUGGCUUCUAUCUGGCCGGAGGAUCAGAGCACAGGACCUGCAGAUCCGACGGUAGCUGGUCAGGGAAGCCACCUUUAUGUGCAGCUGAUAAUCGCCCAAGUGGUAAAAGCCCAGUGGGGACAGUGCAGGAGCCACCCUCCAAAUUACCAGUCCCUGGUGGUGUGUUUGCUAAGAACUCUCUGUGGAGGGGAUCCUAUGAGUACCUGGGGAAAAAGCAGCCAGCUAUGCUGAGCAUCACUGCCUUUGAACCUUUUAGCAACCGGGUUAACGGGACGCUCAUCGACCACAGUGGAGUAGAACUUAAAUUAGCAGGUACCUAUAAAAGGGAGGAAGCCCAGCUGCUGCUACAGGUCCACCAGAUCAGAGGCCCUGUGGAGAUCUUUGUCAACAAGUUCAAAAUAGACAACUGGGCCCUGGAUGGACAUGUGUCCUACAUCUCUUCAUCCAACUCCAUUGUGUACCAGGGAUUUGUCAGAGGAAAAGGCUUUGGCCAGUUUGGUCUCCAGAAACUGGAGAGUUUAGAUACCGGAAGAGACAACACAGGCUACAACUUUGCCUCCAACAGCAGUUCAGUGGCGGCAGCCAUCCUAGUGCCUUUUAUAGCCAUGAUCAUUGCAGGCUUUGCUCUGUACCUCUACAAACACAGAAGAAGACCCAAAGUUCCCUUCAAUGGUUACGUGGGCCAUGAGAACACUAACGGACGAGCUACAUUUGAGAACCCCAUGUACGACCGCAACAUCCAGCCCACUGACAUCAUGGCCAAUGAGACAGAGUUCACAGUCAGCACAGUGUGCACAGCUGUAUAGCAACUGCUUCAGACAGAGUUAGGGGAGGAGCGGUGCACCACAUCCUCGCCUGCCUGCCAACAGAGGACAUCUAUAGUUCCUUGAGCAGAGGGCAAGACAAAGAUAAUUUUAUUUGCUGAAAUACCUUCAAGAAACAUCUCCAGCGGCAAAGGCUCUUAUCUGCAGGAGACGAGAAAAAAAAAAAGAAACCAUGUGAAGACAACAAUAACUGUAAGAAAUACCAACAAGAAGAUGCUUUUUGUAACUUUACAUGGUUUUUUUGAUCAUUUUCCAUAUUUUGGGGAAAAGCUUCCACCUGAAACUGCAGCCUGCCGGAGUACUGCCGGAAGCAAAGCUGUGAUGACUUUUCUCACCGCCCUCCGCCUAAACCCAAAGGGAAUUUUACAGUCAACUUUAAGUCAAGGAAUUUACCUGUAGCUAACAGAGAUCUCUGUGCAAGUGAACUGUACGGUGGACAGCCUCGUGUUGACCUGUGUGAGUCAGAGAGAGACAGUCUGGACUGUUUCGAUUCGUCCUCCUCACUGUUUUCCAUUUGCUUUUUUUUUUUGCUUUCUUUUUUGUAUUCUGCCUGCUUUAUGUGAUGAGUAAUUGGGAACCCUGUGUUUCCCCCAACCGUCUGCUCCUGAGGCUGUUGAAAGGUUUCAUCGGAGGCCCUGAAUUUCUGACUGAGGAUGAAUUAAAAAUGCAGUGAGUUUUGAAGGCCAUGUUGGAGACACAUACUCUAUCAUUACUUUUUGAGCUUGACUCACUUCUCUUUUUUUUUUUUUUUGUAGCAGGGAAGAAAUUCUGCUUGCUGAAGCAACUGUGUCCAGUGCAGGGGUUAAAAGGUAGCUAGAGCUGCUGAAAAAAGCACUUAGUGAGGCUGUAGAGAGAGUUUCUGUGUGUAUGUGAGUGGGAAAGAGUGCAUGCAUGUGGUGUGUGUAUUUCUGCACACAUUUGUGGCUGGAUCUUCAAUCUGGUCCAAAAUAUCUUCUGUCUGUUUUGGCCCCAGAGAUACAACCAAACACAUGAUAAUUUAGUUUUAUUUUAAGAAAUGCUUAGGAUUGGGCUUCGGAGUAUUUCUGUACGUCCACCUCGAGGCUCUGGUAAAUUAAAUGUCGACCCAGAACAAAUACUGACAAUCUAUAAAUCCACUGAGUUUCAGUUUCCGUCCUCUUUCUGUUGGUUUGCAGUGAUUCAUAUGCAAUCACUUUACAAUUUAGCGAGGUUUUAGAGAGAAUGAAAGGAAGGAUAGGUAGACAAAUGCACCCGUCACACCGAUGUAGCUAAAUCAAGUGGAAAUACUUUGAAAUUUGCUUCACAGAUUCACAGAUGGUUACAGCCAACCUGCCACCAUCAGUCUGAGGCAGUUGAGAAGAAGUAGGGACAGCAACUGUGAUACAUAUCCUUGGAUAUACAAACACUUUGGGACCACAUCCCAUCUCCUUUCUUUUCCUUCAUAUCCAAAAAAAGAUAAGAACAAAGCUGUAGCACUAACCAGCGGAGCAUUCUCUUUGGAACAACUGCAACUCUGAAGUUAGGUUCUCUGUUUCGACCUUUCUUUUUAAUCCUGGAUCCACCUUCACAUAUUUCUACGGAUUGAAGGUGGUACGUAUGUGUUCCUCUGAGAUCGAGGUACAGUAGUAGCUCCCUACACUUGGCCUUAGGAAAACAAAGAUCAAAGUCUGGUCAUGUUCUAACUCUCUUGAAAUGUUCAAUUGAAGGCGUUUGAGUCUGAAGAAUGGAUGAGUCAGUAAUGUGUUCCCUCCGGAUUACAUUCAGGUCUUUUCCUACAAGUUAACUUCUGACAGCUCCAUCCCUUUGAAAAAAGAAUAGGGUUGCUUUGUUUUGUCUUUGCUCGUCAUAAAAAUGUUGCAGAAGGCUUCUUCAGAGCUGUGACGGCAGGGGAGUCGCUGGCAUACUGAUUACUCCCAUGCAUUAAAUUAGAAAUGAUAAAUAUAUGUGGGGGAAAAAAUAUUUAUGCAUCUAUCGCUAACACUCAUCCUCAUAUUUGUGGCAACUAGGGAGUGAUAUACAGAAAAUAUUGCUUUGAAAGUGCAACACGGGAGGAAGCUGUCGUCAGAUUUAGCAGCAGGACUUUAUCUUGGCUGGUGAAUGGCAUUUCUAAUGAGAAGAGAGGAUUCAAAGGAGUCAUGCUUUUGUGACCCUUAUUACUAUGUGUGUAUGCGGGUGUAAAACAUAUAUGAAAGGGAAUGAUACCCUCUGGAUUUCAAACACCCUGCUCCCAGCUAUUUACCACUUACUAUCCUCAUACCUGUCUGUCCUGUAGAUGCUGAGUGGGGUGAAUAGUGCUCAAAUUUCACUGGAGCAAAUUGAGCCAUUACACGCAAUUUGCUUUAAUUUAGCCGUGCUUCAUUGUCGAACCCAUAACGAAUCCCGAAUUCAUCUUACCAUUAUCACUAACAGGACAGAUCUUGUUGAAUUAUGUGGUGUUUGACUCCAAAACUAGCAGUCUCAAACAUCCAUGCAUCCUUAUUCUUUGGCAUCCUUCUCUUCAGUAGUAUUCUUGCUGGAAAUCGGGAAGGAAAUUAAACUUGCAUGCAUUUGUGUCAGUACAUUAAUCUAUACAUUAUGCAGCAAAGUGGUUUUCACAGUCAAAUUCAACCUCCAUACCAACAGGUUUUUUUUUUUUUUUUAAUGAAGUCUUUAAAAUCACCUACAGUACAUAAUUUCCCUUAGAAAUUCAGGCCUUUGAAACCAAUCACUGUAUUGUUCCUUCAAUCAGUUUCGCUGUGGGUCGGUAAUUGCUUUUACAAUUUUAUUACUUUUAAAGCUCUCGUUUAUCUCGACAGUACAGAUAGAAUAUUGCCCCUUGCCUGCUCUGGUCGUGAAUUGAUGGGAAAAGAAACGAUUGAAUUACCCUGGAGAUUUCACGGGGAGAGGAGCAGUUGCACUCACAUUAUCUGGAAGGCAUUGCUACUCAGUUCUCGUAGUUUUAUGCUGCACGGUGCGUUUCAUUUAUUUUUAUUCUGAAAUUGCUCCAAAUAUUUCAACAAAGUGGAUAGCUUCAUUACACUCCAUUUAGUUUUUGUUUAAGCCACUCUGAAGUGGCCUUUCCCCUCCGUUCACUCCCCUCAUGACGACCUUUAAAAACACUUCACCUAACACUUUAUGAAACCAUGUUGAGUUUUAAACAAACAAGUGUGAGUAGCUGGUGCAGUAGGACAUGAUGCCCACAAUCCCUAGAGGGAAUUUAUUCUAUUUGACUAGAUUUAGACUAUAAAUCUGGACAAGCAUAAUACAGAAGCAAAGGAUCUCACAACUAUGAUUGUUUUUACCAGCAAGGGCUCAUCCUCAAGAAAUUCAGAAAUGGUUUUAAAGGGCCAAACUCUUACCUUGUCAGAUAUUUUUACCUCCUCCAGUCUCCAAUAAGCACUUUAUGUUAAUUAUAGUGCCUUGUAACAACCCCAUGAUUCCAUGAAUAAGCUUGAGUGGCUGCGUUUUUGCUUUCAGGAAAUCCAAACAUCAUAAUUUCCUUGCUAGGAGCCGGCGGUUAUCUGGUUUUUAUGUCAAUGUUUUUCAGCUUUUCUGUCAAGCCCUUAUUAUCAUCUCUGCCUGAAUAACCCAAACACAUGCCUGCUGCAGAGAGUACAAACUCUUUACAUCUGUGUUUUUGAUCUUAUUGGGGAAAACUGAGCAUUUUAGGAACCUGUCAGAGUAACCGUCCAGUUUUGUUCCUUUCUUUGCUUUUUCUUAAUGACAGACGCGACCAUUAGUACUGUAUCUCUGUGUGCAAGAGUUAAUGCCCGCGAUUUUAUGUACUUGCUGACAUGUUCAACUGAUAUUUGUGUUAUGUGUUUCUUUUAGUUUAAAAAAAUCUCCUUUUCAACCAAAGAAAGUUAUUCAAAUUCAACCAAAUUAGAAUUAGACAACACUACAUAAUUAAGAUUGACUGUUUAAUGAGUUCUUGAUGUUGCUUUAGUUCCACUAGUUAGAAAUUUUUUUAAUGGGGAACAAGACAUUUUCAAAAAUUCAUGCUGGUUGAAGUUUAAAACUUAAUGGGCACUACAUCUGUGGAAGUAUUUUCUUUUAAACCCAUCUGGGUUAGCCCAGAAAGUUCUUUAAGAAAGUGCAGUACAGUGAUAUGAAAAUGAAGAUCAGUGAGUUCUGGUUGAAGCUGUGCUGUAAGAGUUCGAAUUGGGUCUUUCUUGAUGGCAGCUGGCUACUUCCUGGUUCUCUUUGCAUAUUUUAAGACAGAAACUCUGUUCAUCCGAGGUUCAUUUUCGUUAUCAGCCAGACACAGCUCUGGAUUCUCUCCUACUCACCAUCUCUUCUAUAAUAAAUCGCACCACAGCUAUGGUCUUUGAGUUCCCUUCGAGUUCACCGAGUUUCCUCACAGUUAGGCACAAGUCCCAAAGCUUUCUGCAGCUGUUUGCUUUUCAGCACAACCCGCACUGUACCUGUAUCGAAAAACCAAGCAAUCCAUCAGUUUAUACUGUGUGACAUAUUCUGUAUCAACUAUCAUUUAUAAUCUCCCAUCUUUCACUGUCACCGCAUAUCGACGACUCCAACAAAACCACACUUACAGCUGUGUUUUUCCGGCACAUUCCAUGCAAUUUGCCUUCACUAUUCAGCCCAUUUCAGUGUGUCUAGUGGACUAAAGCAAGGGGGAGAGGAAAAAGAUCUAUUUUGAGAAGCUUUGGAGCUCAGAUUAAUUUUAUUCUAGAAGUGGAGGUAUAAGUAGAGUGAUAGUUGAAUGAUUUGUGAUCAGAUCAUGGGAGUUUUGAAAAACUGCUGAAUGUAUUUCAUUUCACUGAGUGCAUCUCGAUACUGUGUUAAUAUCUGCAAUCCAACAACUUCUCCUCUGUUUGUAUGCAGUAAUGGAUAAAAGUAUGUUGCCAAUGUGUGAUACCAAUGGAAUAAAAACAGAAUGUCCAGUUUAUCUAGAGUAGAAUAUAGCAGAGUAUUUACAAAAAGUUGCUUUUGAUUGCUAAAGACUUAUUCCUUUCACGGCAACAAAGUUAUGACGAGAUCCCAUAUCGUUGUUGUUUUUCCCCCUUAUGACAUAUUUUUAAGCCAGUCCAGCAGGUCUCUCAGCUAGCCUCUAUGUGAAACCCAUGCCAACACAUGCGCCUAAGCAAGAUCAACAUGGCCCUUGAACGCCUCAACAAAACAACAAAACAGUGAAAGGCAAAGAUUCAGUGUCAAUGUCUUGCUCUGCACCAAAAGGGUGACCUGUAAAGAAAUGGACUAACGAGAACUUAAGCAGACUGUGUAACGACCGAGCAACUCCAGAGGGAACGUUUCUCUAAGAAAAGAGAAUAUGUUGACGAAUAAAAAACCUUUUUUGUACAGAGAUAUAUUUUUAUGAAAAUACAUUUGUAAUAUAAAAAGAAAAAAUGGAUUGACAUAUAUGUAAAUGUUUUUCUUUUUCAUUAUUGUAGUACAAAUGCUAGUGGGGAGUAUAUGACAAAUCUAUAUAUAUAUAAAUAUAAAUAUAUAUAUAUAUAUAAAUAAAUAUAAAUAUAUACAAAGAAAAUAGAAACAAGGCUUUUUGUAUAUGUAAAAAAGAUUGUACAUAAAAGUUUACAUACAUACUGUACAUAUGUAAGACCCACCAUGGCUUGUCUGCAAUAUAUAAAAUGUAUUUUAUCCGUCUGUAUAUGAUGCUUUGCAUUGUGUCUAAGCUUAUUCUACUUUCUUGAACUUGAAACUUAUUUUGAAGGUUUUGGAAUAAAAUAUAAAACCUA